AUGGCCAAACGCGGUGCGGAAGAGGCAGAUGCGCUCGCCGGCGCGCUCAAGGCCGGAGAGCGACCAAUGCCUGAUGCCCCUCCAGAUGAGAUGGGCGAAUUCGAGGAUGAAUUCGAGGACGAAUUCGAGAGCGAGGACGAGAUUUUCGAAGCCGGCGUGGAUGGCCGUCCAGAUGCAGAACGAGAAGAAGACGAAAGGGAUGCGAUGGAAGUAGACAAGCAAACCUUCAUACCGGGUCGAACGAAAUUGGCCCCCGGAGAGACUUUGUCGCCUGACCCUUCUACAUAUGAUAUGCUCCAUACCUUGACCACUCCAUGGCCCUGUUUGUCGUUCGACAUCGUCCGCGAUAAUCUAGGUGAUAAUCGAAAAUCCUAUCCCGCUACCGUAUAUGCAGUCGCCGGAACACAGGCCGACAGACCACGUUCAAAGGAUAACCAGCUCAUGGUCCUGAAACUAAGCGGACUUAGCAGAAUGGAAAGGGAAAAGGGAGAGAAUUCAGACGAUGAAUCGGACUCGGAUGACGAUUCUCCCUCAGAGCCGAUCCUCGAAUCCAAAUCGAUAGCUUUGAGCUCGACGACAAAUCGGAUUCGUGCCCAUCAGACGCCGCAUUCGUCCAAUGAUCCGACUAAAGCCCCCCAGACACUUACCGCCUCCAUGCUCGAAAAUUCCCAGGUUCUUAUCCACGAUGUAUCGCCCUAUCUUGCCAGCUUCGAUAAUCCUGGCUUAGUUAUCCCACCAUCCGCCCUUAAACCACUAUCGACUCUGCGAAUGCACAAGUCAGAAGGCUACGCGCUCGACUGGUCUCCCUUAUACCCUCUCGGAAAACUUUUGACUGGUGACAAUGAUGGUGCAAUUUAUGUAACCACGCGUAACGAAGGAGGCGGGUGGAUUACGGACACCCGUCCUUUCACAGGACACACAUACUCUGUUGAAGAGAUCCAGUGGUCUCCCAAUGAAAGAAAUGUUUUUGCUUCCGCCAGUAGUGAUGGCAGUGUCAAGGUCUGGGAUGUUCGGUCGAAAUCUAGGAAGCCAGCCGUGGAUGUGAAAAUCUCAAACACAGAUGUGAAUGUCAUGAGUUGGUCGAAACAAACAUUCCAUCUCCUAGCUACGGGGGCCGACGAUGGCCAAUGGGGAGUGUGGGAUCUCCGGCAUUGGAAACCUGACAGCAGCAAACCUUCCCAACUCAAGCCUAAACCCGUCGCCUCCUUCAGUUUCCACAAAGAGCCUAUUACAAGUAUAGAGUGGCACCCUACGGAUGACAGUGUCGUUGCUGUCGCGUCUGCGGACAAUACCCUUACCCUGUGGGAUCUUGCUGUCGAAUUGGAUGACGAGGAAGGACGUGACGCUGCUCUUGCUGAUGUGCCGUCACAACUAUUGUUUGUUCAUUAUAUGGAAAUGGUGAAAGAGUUACACUGGCAGGGGCAAAUGCCAGGAACUCUUAUGGCUACCGGCAGCGGGGGCUUCGGGGUUUUCAAAACAAUUAGCGUUUAG